GCUGUACCGUAGUUUCCUAUAUCCUUAACACUUCGCAGCUGCUUAGGCUAAGUACAUAAGUCCUUGUCCACUCCUAAAGUCACGCGCGUGAAGGCUGGUCGUACUGCAUUGAGCACGCUGGAGCUCGAUAGAACGCGCUAGCUGCCGUUGCUCUUCUUUGUAGUCGCACUUCGGCACCGCUAGAGGCCACUCCGAUAUUCUCUUAAGUUCACAGAUUACAACCAAGCUGUGCCCAAUAUAUAAGAACGUUUGUAAACACAAAACCUACUUUGCGGAGUGAAAUUUACCUCUUUUGCAAGUUUAUCUCCUAUAUGGACAUUUAAAUACGGCUUUAGGAUGUCGAUUUCAACCAGCAUAAGGAAGCAACAUUCUCAGGCAAACGCUAUAGUUGCACAGUUAUCCACAGUUUGUAUUCAUGUCAACGGCCUUCUAAGAGUUUGGCCAGGUUUGUUGAAAAAAUGUCCUAUGUUGGUCCGUCUGUUUAUACAUUCAUGCCUUCUGGCGAUACUGGCUAUUUUUCUGUUCCGCGCAACAAGUGGAAUCUCACGAUUCAUCCAUAAAGAACGUUGUCUGUUCUAUGUGCCCAGUUUUUUACAAAAUGCCUUUGUGCCACCAUACAACUGCACAUUGUGUCAAGGACUCACGGAGGUGCCUUGGAUUUUUGCCAACGAAACCGAUAGAUAUCGCCAUUGGAUCUCCAGAAAAGAAGUCCCACUGGUCAUCCGUGGCGCAUACGAACGUGCGGUUUCCUUUGCUCCACUGACGUGGGCAAGCCUACGGGAAAUGUACUUCCAGGGUGGUUCCGAAGGUUUCCACGAAAAUGUCUCUGAUAGUAGCGACAGAAGCAACGAGAGCCGCGGCGCAGCGACCUCCUUUACCACUUGUCAAUUCUUCGCGUAUAACACUGAGUUUACCUCGUUGCGUCAGGCACUUGAUAUGACCAAGGAAAGGAUGAGUAGACAUUUCUACAUUGGAUGGAGUAACUGCGAACCCCUUGUUAGCGAACGACUGCGACGCAUUUAUCGAGUACCAGAUCUGCUACCAGCUGAUUCCGAACGGUCAGCGCUUGAGUGGUUCUUUGUUGGAAAUCGCGGCAAGGGCGCACAUUUGCACCUCGAUCGCUUGGACAAGCCAUCCUGGCAGGCCCAACUGGGUGGUGUGAAACGCUGGACUUUUUGCGCCCUACCGGAAUGUUACCGCACCUGUCAACAAAUUUCUGCUGACCUGCAUCCGGGAGAUGUCAUAAUGCUUGAUUCUAGCGUGUGGUAUCACAAGACUGAAGUCAUCAGUGAGGAGCUUAGCAUCGCGUUAGGUUCGGAGUACGAUUAAAGCAAUAACAUCCAAUUGUUCCGUCUGAUUGAGUUCUCAUAUUUGCUCAGCUAUAGUAAACACACAGCUGCGUUUGUGAGAAAUAACCUAGGUUUAGUA